GAUUUGAAUUCUCAAUUACAAGGAAAGGAAAUCACACGAAUUUUAUGGAGGUUUUGGGAUGGGAUGGAGCCCUCUCGUCACGUGACUUCUAUGUCGCAGCACGUGCUUUUGCGGACAACUGGAAAGAAUUCAACUCCCCCUUUCCUCCAUGGAAUUGGGUUCCUUCUCCUCAUCGCUCUCAGUUGCAGCAGCAGCGGGGCUACUUGUCAUUGGAGAGGAUUUGCCUUCUCGGGUCAAGCAAGGAAGAUGUUAAUGAAGAGAAUCACACUGAGGAAGAAGAGGGGUCUGAGCCCGUAGAUAAUGCCACUCUGGUUGAGACCAGUAGUCCUCAAGUAUAUUACCACGACUUCCAUAUAGUCUACAGUGAUUCAUAUCGGGUUCCCGUGCUGUAUUUUCGCAGUUACUACAUCGAUGGACAGCCUUUGGCAUUGGAAGAAAUCGAAAAGGACCUACCUGCUUGCUCAUCGAAGGUUUUACUGGAAUCAAAAUGGACAUUUAUAACUCAGGAGGAGCAUCCAUACCUGAACAGACCAUGGUAUAAGCUGCAUCCACGUGGAACCAGUGAGUGGAUGAAGCUGGUUUUCCUUGGUGAUAAUUCUCUGCCUAAAAAUGAAGUUGCAGUUGAACAAUAUUUGGCAUCUUGGCUCUCGGUUGUAGGUCAAGUGGUUGGCAUUAGAAUCCCUUUAGAGAUGCUGAACAAUCAUAAAAGUUGUAAUUGAAGAAGAAAAUAUGUUCAAUGAA